AAGGGCUGCGGCGGGCAGCGGGGGCACCCGUGCUGGGGGCUGAGAACGCGGAGCUGACACCAUGGUGCUGUCUGCCGCUGACAAGACCAACGUGAAGGGCGUCUUCGCCAAAAUCGGCGGCCAGGCCGAGGAGUAUGGCGCCGACGCCCUGGCGAGGAUGUUUGCCACCUACCCCCAGACCAAGACCUACUUCCCCCACUUCGACCUGUCACCGGGCUCUGCCCAGGUCAAGGGGCAUGGCAAGAAGGUGGCAGCUGCACUGGUCGAGGCUGUCAACAACAUCGAUGACAUCGCUGGUGCCCUCUCCAAGCUCAGCGACCUCCACGCCCAAAAACUCCGCGUGGACCCUGUCAACUUCAAACUGCUGGGCCAAUGCUUCCUGGUGGUGGUGGCCAUCCGCAACCCUGCUGCCCUGACCCCGGAGGUCCACGCUUCCCUGGACAAGUUCCUGUGUGCCGUGGGCACCGUGCUGACUGCCAAGUACCGCUAAGACGGCACCCUGGCUGGAGCUGGACCCAACCCACCAGCAGCCUUCCCACAGCGAGCAGACAAAUGAUCUGAAAUAAAAUCUCUUGCAUUUGUGCUCCA